UGUCCAACUUCUGCUUUAGUUUUAAAAGAAAAAGUUAAUUAAAAUCUAAAAACAACUUUCCUUUUCUAGACAAACUGAGCAUUCUGCAUCAAAGCAGAAAAAAAUACAGCAUGGGAUGUUCAUUACAAGCAUCUCUCAAAAGAGUAACUGGGUGCUAUGCUAUUUUAUAUCUUACAGAUGUUUUUUAAACCUACUUUCAAAACACACAUCCUAUUUGUAUGUCUUCUAGCCUUUGGCUGCGGGGUUCCUGCCUACCCACCUCUUGUGUCCAGAGUGGUUGGAGGGGAAAAUGCCAGACCAUACAGCUGGCCCUGGCAGGCCUCCCUCCAGUACAACUCCAAUGGAAAGUGGCGUCACACGUGUGGGGGAACCCUCAUUGCCACCAACUGGGUGCUGACAGCUGCCCACUGCAUCAGCUCUUCUCGGACAUAUCGAGUGUUUCUUGGAAAAUACAACCUGGCAGCUGAGGAAGAAGGAUCAAUUGCACUUUCUCCAGAAAAGAUCAUUGUUAAUGAGAACUGGGAUCCUGAGGAUGUUGCAAAUGGGUACGACAUUGCUCUGAUCAAACUCUCUGAGCACGUCACCCUGAGUGACCAGAUCCAGCUGGCCUGCCUGCCCCCUGCCCAGAGCAUCCUCUCCUCCAACACUGCCUGCUACGUCACCGGCUGGGGAAGACUGGAGACGAAUGGACCCCUUCCCGAUGACCUGCAGCAAGGCCUUCUGCUGGUGGUGGAUUAUGCAACCUGCUCCCAGCCUUCCUGGUGGGGAAAGAUAGUGAAACCCACCAUGGUUUGUGCUGGUGGGGACGGAAUCAUCUCCAGCUGUAACGGGGACUCUGGGGGCCCACUGAACUGCCAGGGGGACGAUGGCAGGUGGGAGGUGCACGGCGUGGUCAGCUUUGGCUCUGCUCUGGGCUGCAACUACUACCACAAACCCUCUGUCUUCACCCGGGUCUCUGCCUACAGCGGCUGGAUCGAGCAGGUGAGGGGCUGCCAGGGCACAGCACACACACCUGGCUCUGCUGGGACCUCCACCACCUGCUAAGGGAGCUCUGUUCCUGCUGCUUUUUAUCUUCUUUUUCUGCCACAGUC